AUGCCGAUAUUGGACGAGCCAUCAUGUUCCCGUCCGUUCCUGAAGGGGACCGUCGAUAGCAUCAUGGAUUCCCGGUCUUCUUCAACAGAAACCCAGUCCCUCAAUCAUGUCCUGCGGCCACUGUUCCCUCCACCAGUUCGGGUGCAGCGCUCCCAACAUCUCCCCGGCCAUUUGCACACUUUGCGUCUCCUCACCCUCUCCAAUGGGGAUCGAUUGAUGCUCAAAGGCCCCCCUCUCUCCAACACGGCGCUUCUGCGCCGAGAGAAGUUCUUUCUCGAAACCGAGGCCAGGUUCCUGGCGCUUUUGGGACACAGUGCCAAUCCCUGCAUUCCACAAUUAUACCAUUACGAUCCGCACGGCAGUCAAUUAGCGUCUGCGUGCUUGAUCCGGCAAUAUGUGCGAGGAACGAGUUUGGCCGAGAUGCGUCACCAACUCAGCGGCCACCAACGGAGCGGCCUCGACCGCCAUCUGGGAUUCCUGGCCAGCGUCAUCGGCCAGAAUGCGGCACCGGCAUUCGGUUCUCUUCAGGAAGUCGCCAUGGGUGUCGGGAAGCCGUGCUGGCGGAGUACCUUUCGGUCUCUGUUUGAGGGGGUUCUCCGCGAUGCUGAGGAUAUGUUUAUCACGCUGCCCUAUGCGCAGAUCCGGGAUGAGCUGAGUCGGCUGUCGUCUGCGCUGACGGAAGUCACAUUGCCUCGGCUGGUGGUUGUGGACUUUGGGCGCCCAUCACACGUCUUGUUGGAUGAAGAGUCGAAACAGCUGUCGGGCAUUGUGGACUUUGGCAAUGCCCUCUGGGGGGACGUGUUGAUGGCCGAGAUCUUCGACCGGCCAUCGCCCGCGGUGUUGGAAGGGGCUGGGUUGUCCUUGACCUGGACCAGCCAGGAACAGACCCGUUUGUUACUGUCGGUCCCCCUGAUCGUGGUUGUUAUUGUUCGGCGCUAA